AUGGCCGACUCAGCGCACCGCCAUGGUUCCCCACCACUUUCGCCUGUUUCGCAGCUGCUUCAAGGUCUGGGGAUGACACGCGAAGACCUCGUCCGCAAGAGCGACCAGAUGCGCGAAUUUCUCACAUCAGAACGCGCAAACUCUUUUCGUGCUUUCAUGCAGGACCGUGAAGAAGCCCAAGCUCCAAGUACGCCAAAGACAUCUGAACGCUCUUCCCGCUCGGUUUCGCGUUCCUUUUCGACGAACGAUGCAUCCGGAUACACUUCUCCCCCUGCUACCCCCAUCAAGUCCGAACCAGUCGACCCUCCUACAUCUCUCAGGAAAUACGAUAGUAUGGAGGCUGUGAUAGAGAGGCAGAAUAGUCGGAAGAGCAAGAAGGGAAGGAGACACCGUCACAGCCGUAGUAGGGACUAUGACGACAGUCCCGAACGAUCGCGCUCCCCGUCCAACUCUUCCCGACGCAGACAUUCUCUUGUCGAGUCUAGCAGCUCGCGACGCGUUUCCGACUCAGAGGACUCGCACACGACGCGUCGAAACUCUGCAAAGGACCCGCCGCCUCCUGUGACACCAUCCGCUGGACGGUAUUAUAGGGAUUCAGUGUUAUAUCAAUCCAGUUCAUCACGCCCUACAAGACCGAAUACCUAUGUCCCUCGACCCGAAUCCCCAUCGCCGUCGAAAUCACGCUCUAGCGUUGCGUCUUCCUCUUAUGCUAAAGAACGUCAAGUCUUUCCUCCUAUCACACCUCGCCGCCCAUACUACAGGGAGGAAGUUGCAUCGCCUUCAAUGUCGACGCCCGAUUCAAGCCCGAUCCGGAAAGUGAAUAUCGUUUCUUCUCCUGGUCCAAUGGGAUCUGGCGAAGAAGAAUUCUCUGCAUACCCGUUCACGCUUCCUCCCGGACCGUAUUCACCGCACAAGCCUGACCUCCCGUACGCCGCUAUCAUUGGCCAGGCCAUUCUUUCCUCUGCACAGCACCGAUUGACAUUGCAAGAAAUCUAUUCUUGGAUCACCAUCGUCUACCCCUAUUUCAAGCGAAAUGAACAAACUUGGAUGAACUCCAUUCGUCACGUGUUGAGCACGACGGUCGUAUUUCGGAAAGUCCAACGUGAUCGCGCCGUUGGUCGGACUUUGUGGGCAAUAUGGGACGCAGAUCUGCCUUGCUUUGAGAAAGGUGGAUUCAACAAGGAGGCGAGUGCGGAAAUGGCCGAACAGAAAGCCAAGAAGGAAGCAAACAAGAAGCGUCCUGCAGAAGAUAUCGAGUUGCCACGCACGGGGAAGGCGAAACGCUCGAAGAAGGGCACACAAUCUGCUGCUGAUCCCGCACCCACUACUGAGGAGGAGGAGAGCAAAGACGCCAAGUCUGAACCUCCCGCAUCACUCGCCGAGUUAGGUCUACUACCGCACCAACACUCCUACCCCAUGCCUCCGCCUCCACCGCAUAUGGGUGUUCCACUGAGCUCCGUGGCUCUGUAUUCUGGUCCCAUAUUUCCUGCCCCUCGUCCUGGGACCCAUCAUCAGCCUUAUUAUCCUUCUAGUUCGUAUCCAGUGCCACAGCCUGGGAUGACUCUUUCCGAUCCAUACUCAUACCCUCCUCAUAUGCUGCCAGCCGGAGUCAUCUUUCCUCCCCUUCCACCCGGCGCCGCAAUUCAUCAGGCCACUGCAGAGAAGGACGAACAAGAGGAGCAUACCGGGGACGACGCCGCCUCUAUCUCGCGUCCCGGAACAUCAAGUUCGUACUACUCGACCGAUGCUGAUUACCUGCCUUCGUCUUCCCCUCCGUCGGUGCCACCGGUUUCUGACGGAGAGGAGAUGUCUAUGCCGGAUUUGACGAACGGUAGCUCGUCUAGUCCUCCUGAUGACGACGAAGAACCUACGGGCUCUGGUGACGAGGAUGAGGCCGCUGUUCUUGACGGAUCCCCCGAUUUAGAUAUGGCAGACUAUAUCGUGGACGAUCCUGACUCCCCUUCGAGAGACGUCUUGCCAACAGUUUCGAAAGUCUCGUCCAAGGGGAAGGGCAAAAAUGUGGAGAGUCCAGAAGACGCUCACGCUCACGCACGGGCACCCAAGCUUCCACCAGUCCCUGACUCACCGAGUCUCAACCGCAAAUCCAAUGCGAAUAAUCCCUAUAGACUUCGACCUGUAACCCCGCCGCCGCCUACCAACAACAUCUUCCCUUCGCUCAAAUCUCGCUCUCAUCAACCUGCUGAACCGUCCACACCACCGAGGAAGGCUGCGGCUCGUCCUUCAUCGCGAGGUUCUGCUGGACAUAUGAUCUCCGCCGUGCGUACGCCACUGUCUCACCUUGGCGUACACAUGAGUCCGUCACCGAGCCUCGCGUACUACAAGUCUAAUCUCAAUCCGCCACCCAACAAAUCGCCACUGGGCUCGAGCGACUCAGACACGCUUCCUACGGUGUCUGCGCCGGGCGCCGCAUCUUCGUCCACUUCCGCACUGCCCUACCCACCGACCGAUAUGACGAGUACUCCUUCCCGCGGCAGCGGCUACCGUCGCACGUCUUCCACCUUCUCGAAUCCGUUUACUCCCCGCAACCUCACCCUCAGCUAUCCAAACUUUGGCUCUGCAUCGAACUCUCCGUUUAGAAGUACGCCGAGCGGUGGGGUAUACGAUCCGCAUGACCCUUCCGCUAUGCUGAACGAUGAGCUAGCCAGGAUGGGAGAGAGAGGAGCUAUCGACAGUCCUUCUGGAUACAGCUUUUCGGGCAUGUUUGGGAAGACGAAGGGGCUUAUGUACGAGAGCCCUGAUGGACCGAGUCCAAAGGGGUGGAGUCGGGCGUGGUAAUGACCUCGAUGCUCCGUCUUGCCUUGAUGCUUCCGUUGUCGUUUUUAUCGCUGUCUAUGUUUUGUUGCUUGCAGGUCGUGAUAUUUUACUUACUGUACAAUAUAUGAAGCGUGCGUGGACGAUUCUUGCUUGCUUGGCAGGACUUGAACCUGUGCCUCGACGUUACGACCCUUACGACCUCGUACCCUUUGCAUCUUUUCGUACUGCAUCACACCUGCGCUUGCUUUCUCAUCCUGACCGUCAUCUACUAUAUGCUGCCCCCUUUUCUCUGGCAUCUACGAACACCUGUUGUAGUUUCGCACUCUGCAAUUUUUCUCUUCUCUUCUCGCAUUCGCGUACGUCUCGACAUGCAGUACGACGAACUAUAACCUGGUCCACUUCUUUUAGCCAUCUUUAGCCGUUUCUCAGUUGUAGCACGGUGUGCCGAUAUAGC